GGCGGUGCCAGAAGUAGCGGUCAUGUGACUGGGAAGAUGGCGGUCUUUCCUUGGCAUUCCAGGAACAGGAACUACAAGGCUGAGUUUGCAUCAUGCCGGUUGGAGGCUGUACCACUGGAAUUUGGGGACUAUCACCCACUGAAACCCAUAACUGUCACAGAGUCAAAGACAAAGAAAGUGAGCCGGAAAGGAAGCACUUCUUCCACGUCCUCUUCAUCCUCCAGCUCCGUGGUGGACCCACUGAGCAGCGUCCUGGAUGGGACCGACCCCCUCUCCAUGUUUGCGGCCUCUGCUGACCCUGCAGCCCUGGCGGCUACCACGGACAACUCCAGAAAGAAACGUGACAGAGAUGAUAACUCCAUUGUAGGAUCAGAUUUUGAGCCUUGGGCCAGCAAACGAGGAGAAAUCCUUGCCCGGUAUACUACCACGGAAAAGCUCUCUAUUAAUCUUUUUAUGGGAUCUGAAAAAGGCAAAGCUGGGACUGCCAUAUCCGCAAUGUCGGAGAAGGUUCGGACCAGGCUGGAGGAGCUGGAUGAUUUUGAGGAGGGAUCCCAAAAGGAGCUGUUGAAUUUGACUCAACAGGAUUAUGUGAACCGCAUAGAAGAGCUCAACCAGUCGCUGAAGGACGCCUGGGCCUCGGACCAGAAAGUGAAGGCUCUAAAAAUAGUCAUCCAGUGUUCAAAGCUGCUUUCGGACACAAGUGUUAUUCAGUUCUACCCAAGCAAAUUUGUCCUUAUCACCGACAUACUUGAUACAUUUGGAAAGCUGGUAUACGAGCGCAUCUUUUCCAUGUGUAUGGAUAACCACAGCAUCUUACCAGAUCACUUCUCUCCAGAGAAUGUAAAUGACACAGCCAAAGAAACAUGCUUAAAUUGGUUUUUCAAGAUUGCUUCCAUCAGGGAACUCAUUCCGAGAUUCUAUGUGGAAGCAUCCAUCCUGAAGUGUAACAAGUUCCUCUCCAAAACGGGGAUUUCAGAGUGUCUGCCCCGGCUGACUUGCAUGGUCCGAGGGAUCGGGGACCCUCUGGUGUCGGUGUACGCCAGGGCCUACCUGUGCAGGGUGGGCAUGGAAGUGGCUCCACAUCUCAAAGAAAGCCUAGAUAAGAACUUCUUUGACUUCCUCCUCACAUUCAAACAGAUUCACGGCGAUACUGUCCAGAACCAGCUGGUGCUCCAGGGAGUGGAGCUUCCAUCCUACCUCCCCUUGUACUCGCCUGCCAUGGACUGGAUCUUCCAGUGCAUCUCCUACCAUGCGCCCGAGGCUCUGCUAACCGAAAUGAUGGAGAGAUGUAAGAAACUAGCAAACAAUGCCUUGCUGUUGAAUUCCGUAAUGUCAGCUUUCCGGGCCGAGUUCAUCGCUACAAGGUCCAUGGAUUUCAUCGGCAUGAUUAAAGAGUGCGAUGAGUCUGGUUUCCCCAAGCAUCUUCUCUUUCGCUCACUGGGCUUAAACUUGGCCUUGGCUAAUCCUCCUGAGAGUGAUCGACUUCAGAUUCUCAAUGAAGCUUGGAAAGUUAUCACUAAAUUGAAGAAUCCACAGGACUACAUUAAUUGUGCCGAAGUAUGGGUAGAGUACACCUGCAAACAUUUCACGAUCAAGAAACAGGAAAUAACUCCCCACCCCACCUUGAAGCCCCCCAUACUCUCCUCCCAGUCACAGCCUUGGAAGUUGAAGAAACGAGAGGUGAAUACUGUUUUGGCCGAUGUCAUCAAGCACAUGACUCCAGAUCGUGCAUUUGAAGACUCCUACCCUCAGCUUCAGUCAAUAAUUAAGAAAGUAAUUGCACACUUCCAUGAUUUCUCAGUUCUUUUUUCAGUGGAAAAAUUUCUGCCAUUUCUGGACAUGUUCCAAAAAGAGAGUGUGCGGGUGGAGGUUUGCAAAUGCAUCAUGGAAGUUUUUAUCAAGCAUCAGCAAGAGCCCACUAAGGACCCCGUCAUUCUGAAUGCCCUUUUGCACAUUUGCAAGACCAUGCAUGACUCUGUGAAUGCACUCACUCUUGAGGAUGAGAAAAGAAUGCUGGCAUACUUGAUUAAUGGAUUUAUAAAAAUGGUGUCCUUUGGCCGCGAUUUUGAACAACAGCUGAGUUUUUACGUUGAGGCCAGGUCGAUGUUUUGCAAUCUGGAACCUGUUCUUGUGCAAUUGAUUCAUAGUGUGAACCGGUUGGCAAUGGAAACAAGAAAAGUAAUGAAAGGAAAUCAUUCCAGAAAGACGGCUGCAUUUGUCCGGGCCUGCGUUGCCUACUGCUUCAUUACCAUUCCCUCCCUGGUGGGAAUCUUCACCCGCCUCAACCUCUACCUGCAUUCUGGUCAGGUGGCCUUGGCCAACCAGUGCCUCUCCCAAGAACAUGGAACCCUGUUGUUCAGAGACAUAUGCAGAGCUUCAGCGCACAACAGACAGCAGUGGGGCUCCUCAGCUGAUGCCUUUUUCAAAGCCGCUAUAAGCCUCGUUCCAGAAGUUCCAAAGAUGAUUAAUAUUGAUGGAAAGAUGCGGCCCUCAGAAUCAUUCCUUCUGGAAUUCCUCUGCAAUUUCUUUUCUACUUUAUUAAUAGUUCCGGAUCAUCCGGAGCACGGGGUUCUGUUUCUUGUUCGAGAGCUGCUCAACGUGAUCCAGGACUACACCUGGGAGGACAACAGUGAUGAGAAAAUCCGCAUCUACACCUGUGUCCUGCACCUGCUGUCCGCCAUGAGCCAGGAGACCUAUCUCUACCACGUAGACAAAGUUGACUCCAAUGACAGCCUCUACGGGGGAGACUCCAAGUUUCUGGCUGAGAACAACAAGCUGUGCGAGACGGUGAUGGCUCAGAUCCUGGAGCAUCUGAAAACCCUGGCCAAGGACGAGGCCCUCAAGCGCCAGAGCUCGUUGGGCCUUUCGUUCUUUAACAGCAUCUUGGCCCAUGGGGACCUGCGCAGUAACAGGCUCAACCAGCUGUCCGUCAACCUGUGGCACCUGGCACAGAGGCACGGCUGUGCAGACACCAGGACCAUGGUGAAAACUCUGGAAUACAUCAAGAAGCGAAGCAAACACCCAGACAUGGGGCAUCUGACCGAGCUGGCCCUCAGGCUUCCUCUGCAGACGAGGACCUGACCCUAGGGGCUCUGGUGCCAAGUCCAGAAAGACCUGUUUUGCGUUUUUGUUUUUAUUUUUACACACGUACAGGUUGGCUUCUCUACUAGAUUAUUCUGCCAGUGAAGUGAACAAGCGGGAGCUGUCAGAGCAUUCGAAUCCACUCCUGCUCACUGAGCACAGCAUCUUAGUGUUUCUUUGCACAGGUGGCCUUCAGAUGGGCCUUUAGGGAAAAACUGAAGAAUGCAAGUAACAUCUUUCCUUUCUGGAAAGUGUUUUUUAAUUGGAAAAAGAACCUUAAAAAGCAGUCCACUUUGACAGACCCACUGUGCCCUUUCCCUAAUUUGCUUUAUAUCAAAAUCAGCUCUUGAUUGGAUUUAGAAUAUGCUGGUGGAUUAAAGGAGAAAGUGAGGUCAAAUCUGAGAUUCCCUGUGGCUUCGAUGGAAAAUAUACUGUAAUUGAAUAAACCUCCGGAAGGAACA